ACCUAAAUGUAUUUGAAGUUUGUUAUUUCAUCAUAAGUUUGGUCACAAAUAGUGCGGAACAUACCUUUUGAAAAUCAAUAAUAAAACACCUACGUACAUGCAUUUUGUGACUUGGCUCUGUACAUAUUACAGGUAUACCCGGUCCGAGUUGUUUCUGAGACGAGUGAAAGUGGAGCGAGUUAAAAGUUUAUUAUUAUUAUUCACACAUGUUCCACAAUCAUUGAACAUUGGAAUUUGAUGUGUUGAUUUCUUAAGAAAUAUUAAAUACUUUGAUCAGUAAAAUCAAUUUCUAAAUAAGCCACGAAUUUGCCAUGGAAGGGCUCCUUGCCAGAGUGGACUAUUUGGAAAAUAUCGUCUCAAAAUUAGCAAAAUGGACACACUUUUGUGAAGUUGUAAAUUUUGAUUUACCUUCAGUCGUUUCACUGGAAAAUGGAUGUGAAAAAGUUAACGCAAAAUCUUCUAAAUCUCGGCGGCGAGGUCGACGAUCUCCUCUUCCAUUCACGCUUUCACCGGGAGAAGUAACAAAUCCUAAUAUUACUUCAGAUGAGACAGUUAUCAAGACUGAGGAGGAGGUCGACACUUUCGAAGAAAUGCAGACAGAUGAUGACCCCGAUUUCGUAAUAUUUCCUCAAACCGAAAGUUUUCAAAUUGAUUCCUUACAUCCGUCGGCGUCGUCAUCGUCCAACAAUUGUGUUGGAGAUGAAAGUAGUUUAUUCAGUACGGGAAGUACAUUGACUGUGGUGGAAUCUAACAAAGGGAAACCGAUCGUCCUUCAUGACGGAUAUUCGUUUAAUUUUCGAAAAUCUGGGGUCGACAAAGCAAUCUGGGUGUGUGAACGACUACGACGUGACAAGUGUAAUGCCCGGCUUCACACAUCACUUAACGUUUCAAGCCCCACACUCUUGAAAGAACUUGGAUCUCACAACCAUAGCCCGAAUCCUAUUUCCUGCGAAGUUCGCGAAAUCCGCACCAAAAUAAGAAAAGAUGCCAAAGCGACAAGCGAUAACCCAGCAACAAUAAUAGCCCGAAAUGUGAGUCAAGCUUCAGCCGAAACAAAGGGUACUCUUCCACUUAGGCAGCAUCUGAAGCGAACGAUAAGGUCGAUCCGGGCAAGUGGGUCGGGCUCGCGAACUAUUCCCCAUCGACGAUAGUGAAACUCAGUCGCUGACGACUGAAUAUUUCCAGCUUGUGUGGUAGGUAAGCAAGAAGACAAAGGGACCGUACAUAAAUCACGCGAUCGAUUUUGGGGAAAUUUUGACUGCUAGGCUUCCCUCCUGUGUCCUAAACGCCCCGUCGAUCACAUGCUUUCGGCACCCGCCCCUUAACCAUAGUGAAAAGCCAGUUUUACUAAUGUAUAUGAUAAUUUUGGUGAUUAAAAUAGCUUAUUCAAGAAAUGGCUUAUUUCCUAGGGUGGCUUAAGGGGUGUGGCUGAUCUCUAUAUGCCGGUGCAUAAUUAUGCGCUGUGAAAAAAUACCUGUAUGAAAUUUCUGCGUAGGAUUGUUUUCUUUGUGGACAUAAUACCUUACAGAAGUGCAAGAACUGCAAGAAAUAAACCCCAGCUAGCCGAUAGUCCGUAUAAUUACGUGUAAUAACCAGAGUUAACAGAUAGAUGGCUCGUAUGUAUCUCUUGAAUUUCUUGCCCCGUGAAUUUAUUACAAUACGAGAAAUGUGGAAAAUGGUGCAAAAAAUACCUCGUACAAUUUGGUGAAUUGAGCCAUAUUUAUUUCAAUGGAAAAAAAUCAAGCAUUAUGACAUGAAUUUGGUUAGUCCGCACUCAACUCGUUUUACUUUUUAAAUGUAUGUUGCAGAAUUUGGCAUCUGAUCCUGUCGUCACUUUGACAUCGUCUAAAAAUCGUCCCAUGAUCACCAAAGGCGGAUACCUGUUCAAUUUUAAUAAGCUCGGAGCCCACAAAAAGAUAUGGCGGUGUACUCACCACCGUCAACAUGGAUGUCCCGCACGCCUCCAUACCACAGAUAGUGACACCAAUCCCGAAGUUAUGGGCGAACUUGGGACUCAUAAUCACGUCCCGGACGCCAAAUUCUGUCUGGUACAGCUCGCCUGGAAUAAAAUAAGGGACACUGCCGCAAAUUCGACUAUACCAACGGCUGAAAUUGUCGCCAUGCAUUCCUCCAUGUUUUCUCAGGCAGGCGAAGACAUCGCCCCUUUAAAGGAAUCUAUUUCGAGGACCAUUAGGAAUAUUAGAAGCAGGAGGAGAAACAUUCUUGAAAAUUCUACGUAAAUAAUGAGGAUAUUCAUCAUUAAUUAUUAGCAUAGGAAUAAAAAAACAAGAGGUCGAGUAUCAAAUCUAAAUCUUGAGUCAAGAUUCUUGACAACGAUCAGAAAAUCUCGUAACCGUCGUGACUUAUUCUACGAUACGAAAGAAUUAUAAAUACCCUCGUAGGAAAAACAAAAUUCAAAAAUUUAUUAUAUGAUUUGUACUUUUGAGAUUGAUUGGAUCAGGAGGAGCGUCGUAACGUAAUGCCUCUUAAAUUUGUAACAUGUUUAUAUUUGCCAAAUGAAUAAACAAAUAGUAAUUAUACCGCUCAUUUAA